GAGCCGACCAAUCAGGAAGCGACCAGCGCUGCUGCACCGCCACUGCAGGACGCUUCGGGGCUGGCAGAGUGGCCUCGUUUAGCCACGUUAAUGAAUUAAAGAGCGAUGCCAUAAGUAGCGUUUGAUGUGGGUCCAGACGGCGGAUAUGUAUGUCAAUCAGCAGGGACCAUCAGAUAACCGGAACGCUGUGAGGGAGUGAGUGACAGCUGUCAUCUCGGUUAGCUAGCAGCCAAACCAGUUUAGCUCAGACUGGCUAACUGGUCCGCCCGUCGCUUUAGCCCGGACACUUCCGCAUGGAUAUGAUCCUGUCUGUAGUAAAUGUGUGUAUUACUUGAACUGCCCCGACGCUUUCUUUGUAAUCAUGAGUUAGAUCACGUCUCAACCGGGGUUUGGUGAUACUCUGAGGUCCGGUUAGCUUUAGCUGGGGUCUAGCUACCUGCUUUCAUUCAUUAUUUAAAGCCUUGUCGUAGCCACCCGCUGACGUCACCGGGGUUUGGAAACAAUCGCUUGUAUCGACUAUUGAUCGGUUUCAUCGGGCUUCUCAACUGAGUGUCGACCACACGUCGGACAACAUGAAGAAGUUCUUCGACUCGCGUCGGGAGCUGGUGGGCUCCGGGCCUGGUCCCGGAGCCCCGGCGGGGGGCCUCGGCUCCGGCGGUGGAGGAGGCUUCAUCGGACGGGUCUUCAACAUCGGACGCUAUCAGGUGACCGUGGAGGAGACCAUCGCUGAAGGUGGUUUCGCUAUCGUUUUCCUGGUGCGCACACACCAGGGGGUACGAUGUGCCCUCAAGCGGAUGUACGUCAACAACGAACACGACCUGCAGAUCUGCAACCUGGAGAUCCAGAUUAUGAGGGACCUGGUGGGGAACCGAAACAUCGUGGGCUUCCUGGACUCCAGCAUCACUGCGGUCGGGGCUGGCGAUGUGUGGGAGGUCUUCAUCCUGAUGGACUUCUGCCGAGGGGGACAGGUGGUGAACCUGAUGAACCAGAGGCUCCAGACGGGCUUCUCGGAGGCCGAGGUGCUGCAGGUCUUCUGUGACACCUGUGAGGCCCUGGCCCGUCUCCACCAAUGCAAAACCCCCAUCGUCCAUAGGGAUCUCAAGGUGGAGAACAUCCUGCUCCACGACCGGGGGCACUACGUGCUCUGUGACUUCGGGAGCGCCAUCAGCUUCCAGAACCCUCAGACAGAGGGUGUGCCACUGGUGGACGAGGAGAUCAAGAAGUACACCACGCUGUCAUACCGGGCCCCAGAGAUGGUUAACCUCUACGGAGGCAAGGUCAUUACUACUAAAGCAGAUAUAUGGGCCAUGGGUUGCCUGCUCUACAAGCUCUGCUACUUCACGCUGCCCUUCGGAGAAAGCCAAGUAGCCAUCUGUGACGGCAGCUUCACCAUUCCUGAUAACUCGCGCUACUCCCAAGAAAUGCACUGCCUCAUCAGAUAUAUGCUGGAACCCGACCCCGACAAAAGACCAGACAUCUACCAAGUAUCCUACUUUGCUUUUAAGAUGGCCCGACGGGACUGUCCGAUUCAAAAUGUGCACAACGCGUCCAUCCCCACCAAGCUUCCUGAGCCAAUCCGAGCCAGUGAGGCUGUGGCCAAGAAGAGUCAGACCAAAGCCAGGCUCACCGACCCCACCCCCACCAUGGAGCGUCCAUCGCCCACGCGGCAGAGACCCAAGGCCGGCCAGCCCCAGCCCAUAGCCGGAAUCCUGCCCAUCCAGCCAGCCCCUCACCCCCCGCAGAGGCCCAGCGCUGCAGCGGGCGGACCCCAGGCAGUAACUGCAAUCCGUGAUGCAGUUGUGUCCCCUCCACACACACUUGGUUUCCGUCCCCUUAAAAAAACCCUCUUCCCUCCAUGUGUGGGCGUCGGAGCCUCCCUGCCCCCGCAGGCCGCUGCUGCCCCCGCCGUCCCAGCGGACCACACGGCCCCCCCGGUGCAGGCGGGCCCCCAGCCCGGCCCCAGCGUCACCCUGCUGGCCCAGGCUGCCGCCCAGCACCAGCAGCUGUUCCUCCAGCAGCAGGCCGCUGCCUUCAUGGGCCCCCAGCAGCAGGCCGGCCAGAAGCAUCCCCUGGGGCACAGCCUCCAGCCAGUCCAGCGUCAGCCACAACAUUAUCAACAGCAGCAGCACAACCAUCCCCCUCGUCUCCAUCAGCAGCAGUCAGCCAGUGGAGCCUCUGGCCCCACGCAGUCCAUCCCUCACCCUGUUCCUCCCAGCGCCCCGCCGCAGUACCACCAGCAGCCUGUAGGGGCCACAGGCCACGCUCCAUACCUGGGUGCCAUCCCUGAGUCUCUAGCCGUUGACCCCCUGACCGCAGCGGAGGCCAUGGCGGGCGGCCGUACGUUCCACAAGGUGGGCUCUCUGACCCCCCCCUCGUCUCCAAAGAUGGCGGCCAAGGGCGGCCACCGGCGCAUCCUCAGCGACGUGACGCACAGCGCCGUGUUCGGCGUGCCGGUCAGCAAGUCCACCCAGCUGCUGCACGCCGCGGCAGCCGAGGCCAGCCUCAACAAGUCCAAGUCCGCCAGCACCACGCCGUCCGGGUCCCCGUGCUCCUCCCAGCAGAGUGUGUACCAGGCCGGGGAGCCCGGCGCCCCCCCGGCCGCCGCCGGCGCCCCCCAGCCCACCUGGAACCCCUUCGGAGACGACAACUUCUCCAAGCUCACGGCGGAGGAGCUGCUCAACAAGGACUUCGCCAAGCUGGGCGACGCUGAACACGGGGAGAGGAUCACAGGCUCCAGUGAAGACCUCAUCACAGGCCUGCAGGCCUUUCCUGCUGAAAGGGCAGCUGACACGCUGGGGUUGGAUGCAGGGGCGGCAUUAGUGAGUGUCCCCAACCCGUUUAAUGCCCUCCAGCUGUCAGACACCCCAGGGAAGCUGAUCGAGGGGCUGCAGACCCCCGAGACUUCUCUCCUGUUCCCUGACCUGUUAGCCCUCGCUGACCCCUUCAGCACCUGCACCCAGAGCUCCAGCUCGACUGCAAAGACCGAGGUGUGUGUGGACUCCCUGAUCCCAGGUCUGGAGCCCCCACGACACGCUGCCCACAUGGACCUGGGCUCCCUCAGCCUGCCUGACGCCUUGGUUGUGGAGGACUCUCUGCUGGGCUGUGACCUCCUCUCCCUCAACUCCACUCCCGGGGCCCCGGCUCUUUCUGCCCUCUCCCUCCCCUCCUCCGCCCCUCCCCCUGGUGCCGUCUCCUGUCUGGACGACCUGGUCUCCGUAGCGCUGACCCCCGGUCAGGCAGCGGCACCUUCUGACUCUGGGGAAAAGGCCCCCGAGGACGAGUUUGACCCCAUCCCCGUCCUCCUCUCCAAAACCCCCAACCAAGAACUGCAGGGAGACGGCACUGGCUCCAUGGAGCUCAGCAGGGGAGCACUGAGCGGGGGGCCGCAAGAGGGGCCCUCUCCCGAAGCCUCAGACUGUGAUCACUCCAGCGACGAAGAGGACGAUGAAGAAGAAGAAGAGGAAGGGAAGGAGGAUGCCAGGGAGACGGCCAGCGGGGCUGAGGAGCCGCUGGGCGCGGCGGACCCCCUGGAGGGGGGCCUGACGGCCCUGGACAGCAGCGGCUCCAGACCUCUGCUGCUGGACUCUGAGGAGGAGGAGGACCAGGAGCCCGGCUUCCAGGCCCGGCCCGCCGUACACUCCAAUGCAUCUCAGGCCCAACAGCCGCCGCCGCCGCCCGCCGCCUUCCACAAACCUCCUCCGGCGGACCCCUCGGCCAGCAACCACGCCCUGGCCCCGCCCCGGCCCCUCGGCGAGCUGGAGGCUCCGGACGUCUUCUCCAAAGCACCGUUUCAGUUCGCGCAGGACGAGGUGGCGGAUGUGUUCGCCAACGCUCCGUUCCCGCUCGCCAACGUCCACGGCGCCGCCGGCGAGCCCUCCCCCGAUGUGUUCUCUCAGGCCCCCUUCGGGAAGAGGAAGGAGGACCCCCAGGGGGGCCUGGGGCAGGUGGCGCCGCAGCCAUUCCGACCGCAGGCGCUGGCUAAGUAUUCGCGGCACUUUGAGGGGCCGUCGCCCCAGCAGCCUGUGGCCGCACAACGGGUGGUCUCCAGCGUGAGCCAGCAGGCGGCGGUGGGCUCGGUGCCAGUGGGGGCAGCGGCGCACUCCUGGACCUCGGAGCCGGCCCCCGCCCUGGACCCCUUCGUCUCGGCACCUUUCCACCUCAAAGCUCCUCAGGAGAAGCCCUGAAGGACAACUACUCGCAUAAAUUCACACAGACACAGACACACACACACGCACAGACAGAGAGAGAAAGACACACACACACACACACACACACACACACACACACACACACACACACACACACACACACACACACACACACACACACACACACACACACACACACACACACACACACACACACACACACACACACACACACAGAGAGCAGUAAACAAGUGAGCGGCUAAAUCAUGCACACUACUCUACAGGCACACAGCGAGGGGGCUUUAUGGCAUGUUGUAUGAGAUGAGGCUGUUCCGCAAACCAGCAGCGUCUUAUAUUUGGUCCGAUUGUACGAGGCUGUCACUAAACUUGAAUGCUGCAGAAGUAUAAGAAAUUCAUCAGUUUCUUUUUUCUUAUUUUUUAGCAUAUCUUUUAAUCUUUCGGUACGCACUCGCAGAGGACAAGGUAGCCACAUAUUUGUAUUCCUGCCUACCUCACUGUUUUCUUAUCCAUUAAUGAUCUGCAGUUGUAUUUCCUUAACACCUGAGCUUUACUGUGAAACUGUAGACUCGCCUGAGGGAUCCCUUCUGCUCCUUAGUAACUCCAAAGUGAACGGCCCUGCGUGGCUGAGACUCACGAUUGUAUGUUCUCAAAGAUGUUCAAGAAGUGUAAAAAAAAAAAGCACUUUGUUUUCUUAAUACCAAUCUCUGUUUUUCGUAUCAUUUACACUUAUGUUUGGCGUUUCAAGCAUUCAAAUGCCUUAAAAAAGGCAUUCUGAAAUUACAUCCUCAAAUUCUCUAAAAAUAUUUUUGUUGGCUAAAUAUACUUCACAAACUGCUGAGCAGUAGAGCAGACCGGUAGUUUCCAUUAGCAAUGACUAUGAUGUAUUAUGAUACAAAAAGUUAGUUCUUCGGCUGUGCAACUGAAAUCCACCCCUUUUCUUAUGUGUACUGUAUCAAGUAAUCAACAUCACCGGCCAGCCUUAUUCAAACACCAGACAGCUCAACUAACACACAGGUUUGCAUUCUAUCCAUCCAUCGCUCAGAAUUUGCUCCUCCAGCAUGUGGUAUGUUGCCUCUGCAAUGGAAACAUAAUGUAUGCUAUAUCACAGGUGCCUUUUUACGUUAGCCUUCCAAAUCAAAUGCUGCAUUUUACGCAUUAUUUUUUUUUCCGGAACCAAAUACUUGUACCACUGCAUUGUCUGCCGUGCAUGAAGCCAUCAACAAUGCUAUCAUGGACCGCUGCGUCAGAUCAGAAUAUGUGCUCACUCCAAUAACUUCUGGUGGGCAAUUGAAUUGAGUGUUUAAUGAGGGUCAGUUAAUUGUGCUGGUAGUGUCCUCAAGCAGCACAGCUUCAUCCACUGCACUCGUGCUUGAAGCACCAUUUGCUGGUACUUCUGCUCAUGUUGUCUGGCUGGGGGGUGUCUGAGUGGAGGCUUGUAUCGGCGCAUCCUUCCUGGUGGAUCUCCGUAACCAUGGCAAUAUUGUAUUGCCUCCUGCUUUGUAAAAUCCCAAGGCAUUUUGAAGUUCAACUUUUAAGCACAUUUAAGAAAAAGAGGAACUAACAAAAAAUGUAUGCUGAAGUGUAUUGUAUAAUCCUUUGAUUUCUCUGUGGCUGUUUUGUUUUUUUCUCCAAUGUACAAUCUUUUUAUAAACAUUCAGCUGUCACCCAACCUGCACAAAUGAAGGCCGCACACGGUAACGGACCGCCUGGACUGUGUUGAUGAUGACACUGCUGUAUGAGGUUUAUACUAUAUGUAUUUUGAUCAGUCCGAUGUGUGUGGAGGGUUCAACAGGUUCAGAUGCGGAAAACUAGCACUCGUUAAAAUAAUUGAGUCAUGCUGUAAAGCUUGCCUUUUGAAAAAAAUAUUAAAUGAAUGUAAAGACAA